AAUCAAGUAGACAGGGCGAAAAUUUAAAUGCCGAAACUACCGAAACUUUUACAGCGUUUACAUUUUUUUUCAAGCAUUGCGUGAUUACCUUAUGUGAUCAUGCAUGAGUGUAUCAGAAGUUACAAUGUAAUCUAGGGAAGGGAACUCAUCGUUUACAAAUUCCAGAAUUGUGGUCUGAAGCGAGAAGUGGCAGCUCUGAAUGGCAUUGCUUCAGAAUGGAGAACCAGAAGACUCCUGUUUUAAAAAAGAUACCAUUCUGGUUACGAUCCUUUAGGAUUUCAAAAGGUGCAUCAGUGUCUGACGACAAGGAAGGUAGGCCUGCCUCCUGCCAAACAAAACGGUUCCUUCGUUCUUACCGUCGAAGCCUUGGGUCAAGAAAAAGUGAAGACCAAGAUGAUGAAAAUAAUCAUGAAAGCCAAGAUGUUACGAGAGCAUCUCUGAUGUCAAUACGUAAAAUUUGGGCUGAAGAGGCAAAAACACAGGCAUUUUGUGAAAGGAGCAUGUCUGAACGAAAAUCAAAGAAGCCAUGUUCUCUGAGGAGCAAACUUCUUGGAAGCCCAAGUAAAAUUCCAAUCUCAGAAAAAAUGCAGGCAAAUCAAAGGGGGCUUCAGUCUUCUUUGAACCACUGCUGCUAUUCUCCUAACAAGGAAAACCUUGCUCCACCAUCUGUUGCAAAAUGCAAAAGCUAUGGAAACCAAAGUUCAGCGGGAAGUUCUGAUGGUAACCUCGCCUCAGAAAUCGUUUUGAGUGCUGCAAGGCAUGCAAAAAACAGAAGAAGCUUGGCAAGAGAGCAGGAUAUCUGGAGAACAGCAGUCAACAAUAUAGGCCUCCCAAGAACAUCCACAGAAUUGGGACAGUUACCUCAAGUUCCCAGGGAGCAAGAUUUCCUGGAACUAUCACAAGUCAUGAUGCCACCAAGAAAUGAAAAGCAUGAAAGAGUUAGGGAUUGGGUAUUAUGCACUGGUGACUCAAGCUGUGGCAUUUCAGUGCAGCAUUCUCUGCCAUAUGCACAGCACAAGCACAGACCAGGUCACCUUGCUAAGGAGGAAACAAUUCCAAAGUCUAUUGACUGUGCCCCUAAAGUUCCACCAAGAACUUACCUUGCAAAGCUGGCGCAUGCCAAGGCACAUCUUUCGAAAACUGCAGCGCCCUUGGCCAAUUCUAAGAUUCCAGGAGCCACACACAAUCCUGGUGGAGCUAAAGGGGCUGUCUCUAAAUGUGCUCAUUCUUUAAGCAGUCAUGCAAACCAAGAGUGCUCUUUGCUUCCAAAAAGAGCAGCAUUAAAGCAGCAAGUGCCUCAUGAGAGGCAAAGGAGAUUGUAUGCAGAAACUGGUGUGCGCUCACAGGCACUUGCUUCAAAACAUCAACAGCCCAAAAAAGCCAUUAGGCCACAGGUUCACCAUAACCCCGGUUAUGGCAUUGAUUGUGCAUCAAGAGUGCAGAAGCUAAGCAAAACGUGCAGCACUGGAGCAUCUGAUGUUAUGGCUGAUGAUGAGGCUACAGUCCUAAACUGCAGCUGUGAAAGGUGCCUUACAAAGUUUAAUGCAGCUGGAAGACAGGUGCCUGGGAGGAUGGGCGACUUUCAUACUAACUAUCCACGUGCAAUGGGACAUCAAGCUGUUAACAGCUGUUUCUCAAAAAAUGGCAGGCAAGCAGCUGCUCCAAGUCAUCAUUGUGAAUGCUGCCAAUUCAAUAAGACACAUGAGGAAAUAAAGGAUGUCGAUGAAAAAAUUGUAUCUUCACACUCUAAACCUUCGUGUGAGAAAAAUUCAGACAAGGCAGCUAAAUGCAGCACUAGUAACAAUCAUGGAUUUCAGUGUCAGGAUGAGAUAACCAAAGUCAUUGAGGAAGCUGUAAAAGCAAGCAUUGAGAAGCUGUUAUCAGUGAAUGCAAAUCAACAGCUGAAUAAGACACGAUCACUGGAGAGUCUCCAUGAGCAGGCAGAUCGCAAGAACGCUGCGACUUCACCUUCAAAGUACAUUCUCCUGUCAUCAUGUAGAUCUGGCACUGCCGAUUCCCUGUUACAUUCUACUGAAGAACCUAAAGUGGACAGUGGCAUUGCAUCAUUUCACCAGCCAUGUCUCACUGGAGGAACUGAAAAGGAAGUGGCAACUAAUGGCAUUGACACUGUGAACACCAGCUCACAGUUGCCCCAGUCAAAGGUUACCCUGGAGCGAACUGCAUCACUUCCAUCAUUAGUAGAAAGCGGCAGCCCUGCAAAAGUGAGAGUAUCAACUGCUUUCAUAAAGCUUGUGAAAAGGGUGAGCUUAGGCCAAAAUAAUGACGGAACACCAUCAAACCAUAGCUCGUUUCUAGAUGUGACAAUAAAUCAGCGAAGUGUGGCAUCACAAGAAUCAUGCAGCCAAUGCAGCAGUGGGGGUACGGAAAGUUGUUGGCAGACUGCUGAAAGCCACUGUGCAGAGGAUUCAUGCAGCCAAUCAGAAAAAGCCUGCAACUCAGCGGUUCAAGAUGAAGCAAAUGGGUCAAGCUCAUGCACUGCUGAAAAUGACCAACUGGAAAAAAAUGAAGCAUAUAACUUUAAAGUUCAGCAAUCAGCAAGUAUACCAAGGCUUGUACUGGAUUCGCCUAGCUCAAGUAUAGGUAGUCUAUCAAGCCGCAAGCCACCUGAUGGUUGGGAGAGAACGCCACCAUCUGAUGCUCCUGAUGUAGUUGAUAUCGAUGAUGAUGAGCCAUCCGAGCUGAAUCCUCACACACCAGAUGAUGCACAUAAACAUUUCUUCUCAAGCGACAGUGACGGAAGUGAUGACCAGCAUAUUCUUGAGGAAGUGAUUAGGAAAGGCAUGGGUAUGACACCACCAAUCAAGCUGCCAACCAGGUGUCCAAAACUGGUGAAAUCUCCUAGGAGAUUCAAGUCAGCUGAAGUGUUUUGUGGUAAAGCAAAACUAAAGCUUGCUGCCUAUGUGAACAGUGGACAUGUCACUGUACACGUCAUCAGGGCGGCCAAGUUGGCAACUUCCCGGGGAGGAUCUGCAAAUGCUUACAUUAAGGUCUCCCUCCAACCCGAUCACAUCAAAAGAGCUCACUGGAGAACAUCCGUUGUGAAGUCAAGUAGAAACCCAGAAUUUGACCACAAGUUUUCAUUUGAGCUCAUGGCAGAUGAUGCUGGAAAGCGUCUUUUGGUGACAGCAUGGCAUCGAGAUUUUGAAAACAAGCGCAGUGAGCUUCUAGGAAGUAUGUCUUUUGGUAUGGCAAAAAUCUUGGACUCUGACCAGCAUGUGAGGGGUUGGUACAGACUUCUGCGACAAGACCUCGGAAUGCGUAGACACUUCGCUGCACGGUGUUCAAGGGGAACAUGCACAAGGAUCAAGGCAUUAUGUCUUGAUUGAACUUUUGCCCCGCUGAAGGAAACUUAGAUGAGCCCUUUGUCUGUUACUCAUCAUAUGUGCAAGUGAGAAGUGACUGCAGGAAAUAUUUUUUACGGCAGUGUACUAUUACAUAAACACAACCUUCACUCUAGUUUUGUAAGAAGUGAAGGUUUACUACCUUACAUAAGAUGAUCCUGGAUAACGGGCUGCUUUGUAACAUGCAUGUUUAUUGACAUGAAAAUCAACAUACUACAAUUUUCAUGUAUGCACUGCAGGCAAUGCAGGUCAGUAAGUGCUUUUUAGCUGCUGCCUCUAGUGCUUGAAGACAGCAAGCUCUAGCUGGUGUAAAAUGAAUCAUUGUUUCGGCAGUAACAUUAGCCAAGACUGAUCGUGUGAACAUAUAAUUGAUUGUGCCCCUUUCUUAAAGUAUUGGUCUCUGUGACUAUGCCCCUUUGUUGUAGAAAAGUAGCAUAAAAGGGAGCCUGUCUACAUGUGUGGUGACCUGUUUUUAUAUUUUGUACAAAUGCUAAGCAUAGGACACUUAGCAGAAUGAUGGUGUUUUGUGAGGUGCCUUGUUAUAACUACUUUCCAUGUGGACACAUGAAGGGUCACACAGAAAGCAUCAAGAAGGCAUGGCUAUUUUGUUGUGCAGUAUGUAUGAGUGACUUGUAGUAGUUCCUUCUCAGGCUAAGCUGUAAAUUACCUUUGUUACUUUUUUAUGAUAUUGUUGUCUGUUGAUUUUUGUUUUUAAGUGCAAUUUUUUGUUGACCAUUUAUUUUUUUUUGUCUCAUUGUUCCCAUGUAUAGAAUGCACUCUUUCAAAUUAAUUUUCCAAUAACAAAUAUUAGUUACGCCAUGUUUUGUGUUGGCUGUUGUCUUUAUGAUUGGGAAAGCGCAGUUGGUGGUUAUCACUGUUCUGU